GCAGUACACGAGGUAUUUAUUAUCUCUUGGUACCUAUCUCCUUUCUUGUUAAUACCUUCUCUUUACUGAUAAAAUGGCUUCACUUAAAAGCCCGUUACUCCUACUCCUCACCAUCUUCUCUCUCCUUUACACUCUCGUCAGUUCCUACGAGGUGAUAUAUGCUGUCAAUUGUGGCGGAGGGAGACAUACAGACACCAAUGGUAUCAGAUACAGAAGAGAUGAGAGUGAUGCUGGAGUUGCUUCUGACUUUGGAAAGGGUCUCACGAUAGCACGUGUGCCUCCAGAAGACCAGAUUCUCUAUCAGACAGAGAGAUAUCAUUACCGAGACUUCUCCUACGACGUAUCGAUAAAAUCCGAAGGCGAACAUUUCGUAGUACUCAAAUUUGCGGAAGUUUAUUUCCAAAGGCCAAACGAAAAAGUUUUUGAUGUCGUGUUGAACAAUCAUUUUACUGUAGCUAGUAAUUUAGAUAUUUUUGCUCGAGUUGGCAGAGCGGUCGCCUUUGACAUGAUCAUUCCUUUCACUGUACAUGAUGGACAGAUAACAGUCAAUGAAGAGACGAGUGAUUUUGAUGGCACUCUAGUGGUUGAGUUCUCAAAGGGAUUAAGAGAUAACCCAAAGAUAAAUGCAAUUGUUGUUGCCAAGGGAAAUCCAGGAGAGUUCCCACCUCUUCCUCCUCUGGAGCAAGUCAGUAAGAACAGCCAGCAGCAGGCACAGCCGGAGACCGACGGAGAGUGGGGCGACACCUCUUCAAAGGGACAGAAAUUUAAGAGACCUUCUGGCCCACGGGCCAUUGACCCUUACUCCUCUGACGAGAGCUGGUUCUGGCCAAUCACAAUAGCGAUAGCCGUGUUUUUACCCGUCAUGUUCUGCUUGUGUGGUCUUAGUUGAAAGAUGGAGAGAAGAGAUAUUUUACCAUUAGAUAAAUUAAACUUAACGAUUGUACUUGUACUGUACUACUUGAUUAGAGUAAUGACUAUGCAUGACUUUUGUUCCUACUAUUAUUAUACCUAUUCUUAUUAAUAAUAACGAAUCAAACUGACUUUUGAAAGUA